CCUUGAACAGUUAUAUCAUCCUCUUUCUUGGGGUGCUGAUGCUAAAGGGGGAGAAGUCAUUGCAUGGCGGAGAAAAGAAGCUGGCCCGGCAAUGGAUUGAGGAAGACAAAGAAGUUUCUCACUCUCCCACAUGCACAGUCUCUGUUACUGGCUGCCGAUGUCUCCGGCGAAGCACUUGAAACGCCCAGGCCACUGUAAAAGAGAAGAUAGGGUGAAAUGGCUGCUGGAACUCGAAGCUUCCAUUUUGUAAAAUCAUUUCAUCCUCUUGAACUGAUUAAUGAAAACCCAAAUAUCAGUAGCCGGUCGAAACAUAGCAUCGUCGUCGAGGGAGAAAAUGAAGGAUGAUUAUAAAACACAAUUAAGUAAACCCAAUUAGUAAGGUUAUUUUUGGGAGAAUGGGGUGAAAUAAAUGAUUAAAGUAUCGCCCAGGUCCCAUCCACGUGCGAGAUCUGUUCAUCUGCCACCUUACCGACCCUCUUCGAAACCAGUUCUCACCAAGGCACGAAGCACAACCAAAAAGCAGUCCUCAACUCAACCCAACCUAGAGGAGGAGGAGCCGAGGAGUUUUAGCCAAAUAGGACUUUGAUGUUAUGCAGACUGUUUUGGCUUGGUCAUUUGAGGAACGUAUGGUGGAAGCUGUUUUUAUUCCUGCCGGUUGUCUCUCCAAGUGAGAGAUCUUGUGGUCAGCUGCAAUCCCAUCAAAUAAAGCUAUGCUCUUACAAAUCGGAGUUGCAAUGAAGGCUAUGCCUUGGUAUUCUGCUCUCCCGUCUGUGUCUGAAUACAUGAUUGAAAGUGGAUGGACUAGAUGUGUUCCAAACAUAAGUGAUGUGGGAUGGCCUCUAUACUUUGUCUAUCUGACUGCUUAUCUUGUGAUUGUGGAGUUUGGUAUCUAUUGGAUGCACAGAGAGUUGCAUGACAUAAAACCACUUUAUAAGUACCUUCAUGCUACCCACCAUAUUUACAACAAGCAAAAUACACUUUCUCCCUUCGCUGGUUUGGCAUUCCACCCAUUGGAUGGGAUACUUCAAGCAGUGCCACACGUAGUGGCUCUGUUCCUGGUCCCAAUGCACUUCAGGACGCACAUUGCGCUAUUGUUCCUGGAAGCUGUAUGGACAGCCAAUAUUCAUGACUGCAUAGAUGGCAAAGUAUGGCCUGUAAUGGGUGCUGCCUAUCACACAAUUCAUCAUACCACAUAUCGGCAUAAUUAUGGGCACUACACGAUAUGGAUGGAUUGGAUGUUUGGAACCCUUCACAAGCCAAAAAAUGAUGAGCUCAAGAAGAUGUGAUAUAUUAGCAGUUGCUUAGCAUCUCAUCUGUUCUGGAUAAAGGUGUAGCCUGCAGUAUGUAGCUCUUAUACAAUGGGUGGUGAGGUCCGGAGAGGUAAUAAUUUAGGCCUCAUUUCCUUGGUUUUUGGGUUGGACCUCCUGCUAGAUAUGAAGGGAGUCUAUUGGUAAGAUUGAUGUAUAUUUCUUGUUGAAGUAGUUUUUUAAAACAAGGCCUUGCAAACUGAAAAAAUCAGUCUUUAUCACAAGGAGGGUGAGUUUGUUUUAUUUAAAAUGCUCGGUUAUUUGCCACAUUGAAAUAAAGUACCUGGAUCACGUUGAAAUUGACAAAACUGUAGUGGUCAAUUUCUUGUUGAAAAUAAGGCAUUUCCGGUUAAAAGGCACAUUACA